GUCAUGGGUGCCCCCACGAUAAUUCUUCUCUUUAGCGGCAAACGCAAAUCCGGGAAGGAUUACAUUUGCGAAAAGAUCAAGUCACAUUUUGGCGUGGAAAAAUGCACUGUUGUGAGAAUUUCAGGGCCACUGAAGGGAUUGUAUGCGAAAAAUCAUAACUUGGACUUCCAGGAGCUGCUAAGUGAUGGUCCUUAUAAAGAAAAUUAUCGCGCUGAUAUGAUUAGGUGGAGCGAUAAAAUUAGGGAAAAGGAGCCUGGGUAUUUUUGUAAAGCGGCGUGUGAUGAGGCUGAUUUGGCGCCAGUUUGGAUUGUGAGUGACAUCAGGAGAAAAACUGAUGUUCAGUGGUUUAAAAGUGAGUAUAGCGAUAAAAUUAGAACAAUCAGAGUGGAAGCUGAUUUAGACACUAGAAAGAACAGAGGGUGGAUUUUCACUGAAGGUGUUGAUGAUGUGGAUUCAGAAUGCAAUCUGGAUGAUUUUAGCGACUGGGAUUUACAAAUUAAAAACAGCAAUGAAACUGAACUCCAGUCAGGUCUCCAUAAAAUUACAACUCUAGUGAAUUCAGUAUUAAUGUAGGUGCACACAGUUUUGAUAUUUAUAUUUUUACAGUAUAAGGUUUUAUAUUUACAAUUUUUUAUACAUCAUCACAAGAACAUUGAUUUUUAUCAAUUCCAAAAUAUAAUUUAUUUUUCUUUUGAUA